GCCCCGCACGGGGCCCCGCCCCGCGGCGGCCGCGCUUCCCAGGGCCCCGGCCCUCCAAGCGCCGCGCGCCGUCCGGAUGGCAGGCUGGGAGGAGGUGAGCGUGUCCGGCUUCGAGGAGUUCAGCCGGGCCGUGGAGCAGCACCACGGCAAGACCAUCUUCGCCUACUUCACCGGCUCCAAGGACGACCGGGGGAAGAGCUGGUGCCCCGACUGCGUGCAGGCUGAACCAGUCGUACGAGAGGGGCUGAAGCAUAUUAGUGAAGGAUGUGUGUUCAUCUACUGCCAAGUGGGAGAGAAACCUUAUUGGAAAGAUCCAAACAAUGACUUCAGAAAACACCUGAAGGUGACGGCAGUGCCUACACUACUUAAAUACGGAACACCUCAAAAACUGGUGGAAUCUGAGUGUCUUCAAGCCAACCUCGUGGAGAUGUUGUUCUCUGAAGAUUAAGAUUUGAUGACGGCAAUUGUGUCUUGAUUUCCUGAUCUGCUCUGUUAUAAAGGCAAUUGCAAACUUGCUUUGAAUUCAUGUUAGCAAUAAAUAAAUGAUGAUGUAAAAAAAACAAA